AUGAUGUUCAAAUACCUUCUCACAGCUCUGAGCUUACUCUCUGCAGCUCAGGCUAUUGAUCCAUUUACAUGGAAUAACGACACAUUCCUCCUCCAUGGCAAGCCCUACCAAAUCAUCGGCGGACAAAUGGAUCCCCAGCGCAUACCACACGAGCUAUGGAGUGAUCGACUCUCCAAAGCCCGUUCAAUGGGUCUGAACACCAUUUUCUCCUAUGUAUACUGGGACCAACUGGUACUGAAGCCAGGCGAGUGGAAUACAGACGGUAACAACGACAUCGCACGGUAUUUCAAAACAGCCCAAGAGGUUGGUCUGAAUAUCGUUCUGCGUUCAGGACCAUAUAUCUGUGGUGAACAUGAGUGGGGAGGAUUCCCAGCUUGGUUGAGUACCAUACCUGGCAUGGUAGUCAGAACGAAUAACACGGCGUUCCUGUCUGCCGCGAAAUUCUAUAUUGAUCAUCUCGGUGAAGAGCUCAAGGAUUUAAUGGUUACAAAUGGAGGACCGAUCCUUAUGGCUCAGAUUGAGAAUGAGUAUGGUUCUUAUGGCGAUAACCAUGAGUACAUUGCUUCGCUGCGUGAUAUGAUGAGGGACGCAUAUGGGAUCCCGUUGUACACCAAUGACGGCGGCACGCAGUCUGCGCUUGAAGGAGGUCAGAUUGCUGGAGCACUGGCAGAGACAGAUGGAAGUCCACAAACUGGUUUCGCUGCACGGGACGAGUACGUGACUGAUCCAAGUAGUCUUGGCCCGCAGCUUGAUGGGGAGUACUACAUUACCUGGCUAGAUCAGUGGGCUAGCAACAACACGUUUGAGACAGAUGAGGGAGAUGAAUCUGCUAUCAACACUGCGACAUCUGAUCUGGCCUGGAUCUUGAGUCAAAACGCUUCGUUCAGUAUCUAUAUGUUUCAUGGUGGGACGAACUGGGGAUUCCAGAAUGGUGCAGAUUGGGGGAAUGCGCUGGAACCUAUAACGACGAGUUAUGAUUAUGGUGCGCCGCUUGAUGAAAGUGGGCGCACGAAUGAUAUUUAUAAUGCUGUGCGAGAGACCAUUGGCGCACACAUCGGCAUGGAUAAUAUCCCUGAUCUGGUUGCGGAGAAUCCAUUAAUUGAGAUCUCGCCGAUAACGCUGACUCCCUCGGUGAAUAUGUUCGAUGCGCUGCCUGAGCCCAUUCAGAAGACUAUACCUGUCAACAUGGAGCUUGUGGGACAGUCUUAUGGGUUUAUCCUUUACCGACACGUCGUAACGGGCGCCACAAGCGGUACACUCAAGACAGGAGAUGCACCGCGCGAUCGAGUUCUUGUGUAUGUUAACGGAAAGCGCGUCGGAGUGAUCGAUAACUCGUACGAAGUCCCCAACACAGUGGACUUGACACUCAAAAAGGGUGAUGUGCUCGACUUGUUGAUUGAGAAUAUGGGACGUGUGAAUUUUGGAUCGGAAAUUGCUGAUCAGCGAAAGGGCAUUGUGGGUAAUGUCACUGUUUCUGGAACAGUGCUUCUGAACUGGGAUUUAUACCCCCUUCCGUUGACGUCCCCUCCGACGGCAUCCUCUUCAGCUGGAGCUACUAGCAACCCAUCAGCAGAAUCGAGUCCGAUAUUCUAUACUGGCACGUUCAAUGUUGACGAAGUGGGUGAUACAUUCCUUGAACUGCCAGGGUGGACAAAGGGCGUUGUCUGGGUAAAUGGGGUCAAUUUGGGUCGAUACUGGACAGUUGGUCCUCAGCAGACUUUGUAUCUCCCUGGUGUUUAUCUGCGUGGGAGCGGGAAUAGCAUCACAGUUUUAGCACUGGAGCCUACUGGCAGUGAGGGAUCUGUUCAGGGUAUCAAAACGCGGAACUGGGGAAACAACCCUGAUCCUGAUAUGUCGUGA